CCUUGCAACACAACAACUGAAAUAUCGAACUAGUAUUUUGUCAUAGUUUUUCCUAAUUUCUAGCCUUUACGUUUAAAGGAUAGUAUUCGCUGUACAGCUUGAAGACAAAAUUUUCAAAAUGCUCGCCUCAAGACCCAUUAUUUCCCGCUUACUGCAGCAGACUGUACGUCGUUACCAUGGCGAGAGUCACUUCAAGCCUCCUAGUAUGGAUGAAUUGCCCGUCCCUCAGGGACCUUGGCAAGCUCAGUAUGACGCCAACCAGAGGCGCUAUAAUGCUGUUCUGCUCUUUGGAAUAGCUUUUGGUGUGGGCUCUCUGAUUGUGGCUAAAGCCUCCGGCUUGCUGUACCUGAACUACUCUCCCCCAAAAUCCUUAGAUUAAGCCUAAGUGAUUUGUGAGCAUGUAUUUAAAAAACUAGUUAACUUUAAAUAGAGUAUCAAUUACCCAUG